AUGGAACUUCACGAACAACAAGAAUUCCAGGUCAAUAAGAGCGACUCCGACGGUGAUAAUGACAAUCAGAACAACACAGUAGACGAACCACCAAGUAUCGCCUCGGGAGGCCCACAACUGGGCGAGUUAUCGCCCUCAAAAGCUGCCCACGAACUGGUGAAGAAGACCAUGAUGGCCUGCUUUGUGGAUUGCUCAUCAACUGAAAGAGAACAGUUAAUUCGAGACGUCCAGAGGCUCUCGAGGACCUUCGCCAAGCGUCUAUUACUCCCUCCUGACGAGAACACAGAGCAAGAAGACAGUCAGUCUCAGUACGUCCUUCCACGCGACCUAGUGGUGCCUCCUUCGGCCUAUUUCUCCUUCCGUGACAACGGUCGAAUGCAUCUCCCCAUCGUGGAUUGGAGCGCCUUCCGUGGCUAUUCCGUCGCAGUGUGGAUCAACGUGGAGUUUUGUCUAGCUCAAGCCAAAAAGGAGAGCUCCGCAGAGGAUCUGUACGCCAAAUUUAAUCUUUUCAGGUUUACGAACGGGUCAAAUACGUUGGGAGUGGAGGCGUCGCUGGAGUAUACAGAGGAUUCGACCGGAAGUGGCCACGGAGUGCUAAUAAAUGUCAGUUGUUGCGCUCCUGGAGCUGCAGACGCGAAGAAGUCGGCGUCAGUCGCAGCUACGUCUUCGUACGAGCCGGAAUGGAGGAGAAUUCAACGACAAAUUGACGUAUUGCCUGGUAAAUGGCAUCUGCUGGUCGUCUCGCACUCGCUACACUACGUAAAGAAGAGUAAAGUGACGUGCCAUGUGGAUACAAAGCUGCAGUUUAAGGAGGAAUUAGUGUACCCUUCGGGUCUGGUCACAGCAUCCAAGUGUACCGUAGGAGGCGGUCGGAACGUCAAGGCAAAGGUUGCAAGUGUAGCCAUGUACCAGGAGGAGCUUUCACGUGGUACGAUCGAGUUGAUGUACUCCUUAGGACCGAUGGUCUCGUCGUUUAAUCGAUGGGCUGCAGCGCUGCCCACCCGGUCCAGUCGCAUGGUCGCUGGCACCCGCGAACGUUUGCUAGGGCCAUCGCCACUGACUGUGCCGGAGAGCGACUCGUUCGCAGCCUUCUGUAAGCUGCAAGUGGUGUUCGCUUUCAACGCGCAGAACACUGUGAACGAGGACUAUGCUGAUCUAGGAGUCGAGUGGCUGUGUGAAGGGACGACGCCUACUACGAACGGGAAGUGGCUGGCCUUAGAGAGCACAGUGAGCGCCUCAGCGGAGAUCCAGCAACGCAACGCCAGACUGGGCAAAAGCACGCAGAAAAUGAUCUUCCCGGAGUAUCACGCAGCGUGGUAUCGGUCCGUCGGCGUGUCGUCCUUGCCAGUUAUCCUGGACUAUCUCUUAACAGCGUGCGAGAAGAUCACAAGGAAGCAAGACGCUGCCGAGACGGAGCAGUCAGGAGAGCGUCCGCUUUCUGCGGUGGUGGAGAGUGUGGUGGUGGAUUUAUUGUGGAUUUUGAAAGGGAUGCUGCUCAGUAAUGUGGCCAACCAGCAGGAAGUGCUCGGGAACUACGUGUUCCACAUGCUGUCUCAUGUUAUGGUGCGGCAUAAGGACUGUCUUUCGGUUAUCUGGACGCCUGGGAGUCUAGUAGUGUGCGUGGAGAUGGUCAAGAGUUUGUUCGAUGUGAUGCCGUCCCCCAAGAAGAGCCUGGACGUGGGGGAGAACCACCCUUUCCACGUGUCUAUAUGGACGACGAACCCUCUUUUCGCCUCUGGCGUGCGCGCUAUCUUGCUGGAUUAUCGGCUGUGGACGCAAGCGGACUUCAAGACGCAGUCCAUCUACAACCAUCAGAUGUACGGACUGGCCUGCGAGUAUCCAAGAGCGUUCAACAACAUGCAGGCAGUUUCUAAAGUGCUGGAGAUUCUCGGACGUUUCUACUCGCAGAUCACCGAACCGGACGACAAAGAUCACCACUGGAAGCAGCAGAGCAUCCAGAGCUUAGUCGAGGUGAUCGAGGUGUGUCUGACGAACCAGAGUACCCAAGUGCAUGAAGUUCUGGAGCAGGAAGUCAUGGAGACGACGUUUGCUCGUGCGAGUAACCCUGUCAGCUCGGGUGGCUCAGCUGCUAGUGGAGCUGCGCCUUCCACGUCGCCAAACGCGCCGUCGUCGGCUUCUACACCGCCCACUAUAGUCGUUCCUGGUCGGAAGGGAGGCGUGUUCAGUAUUAAUCUCGAGAGUAUCGUAUGGAGCGAUCAGACAGCAACGGGAGCGGCUUCUACCGGUAAAUCUGACGGCGCUACGACCGAUGAAUAUACUGCGACUGCAAGAAAGAGCGUGCUGCACUCGGUUCAAGUCCGGUUCUCUCUGGUGCGUGACAUUCGAGCUGUGGUUCGCUUCCUCAUGACGAGUAAUGAUGCUGCUGUGUGCACGUCGUUGCUGCUGCUUCUACGACGACUCGCGGUGUCGUUUUUGGACAUGCGCUUCGCCCUGGUGAGCUCCAGUGUUAUGGACUGCUUGCUCUACUUGAUGCACGACCGUCGUAGUGAUGCAGACGACAACGAGGACAGCAAGGACUCGCACGUUUCGAUCCACGUUCGCAUGGCGUGUGUCCCGCUGUUCAUCUACUUGCUGGACUGGCUGGAGUCGAUCGAAGGACGCACAGUCUGGUGUGGCCUGGAGGAGCAUUUACGGCUGGUUCUAAACGGACAGGGCAGCUUUUCGGUCGGCUUCUUGGAGCUCAUGAUGGAGUUCUACUUCGACCCGGCGUGGCUAUUGGGCGUCCAGCACAGCAUCAUCAUGAACGACCCGUCCAAGAGAGACUCUUUGCUGUUCCCCAUUGCGCCGGCAGCAUCGAACAAGUCGGUGGUGGCGCACGACAACGGACUUGAGGAUGGGAUCGCUGUUACGUCGUCAACGAUCGCAGCCACUGGAGAGUUAACCACGGGGAUCGGAGGGCUGAUCGAGUGGAUCAAGAUGGCCAACCAGUUCGUGGGCAAGCGGCUUCAGUUGACGUGGGAAAAGCGCGCUUCUGUCAUCCGUCUCACUGCUCUACGCAGUCUCUCGAACGUUGGCGCAGAGGUGCGUGGCGACAGUCAGGCGCUGGUAGCUGAUAUGUUUGACGAAGGCGUCAGUGGCAUCUUGAGUCUGCCGUUGAAAGGCAUUCUGCCGUUUCUGCCGAUUUUACUGGGCAAAAGCACGCCGCAUUUCCGUGAAAAAGUGCUCAUGGACAUCAACGUCAAGCUGAAGACAGACGAAGAUCUCCAACAGCAACUGCUCCUGAUGAAGAAGAGCUGGGCGGAUGCGCUACUGGAGUUGUCGCUGACUUGUUCUGUUGGUGUUGAGCUCGUCGAUGCGACGAAUGGAGGCGAAGAUCAAGGCGACGAUGAGAACUGCGGGAGAGCGUAUAGUGUCGAUGCUAGUAAGACCGGAGAAGACCUCGUGCUGGACACAAUUGUGUCGCUGUUGUGUAUGGCCAUGAGCAAUCCGCACGGAUGGCGGUCGUUCACGCACUUGCUGCUGGCGUUGAAGGGGAUUCAGGUGAAAUAUGGCUCGGACUCUGGCGCUACGAGCGUCUCUACGUUUUCUUCGCUCCCUCCGCUGGCUCAAGUGGCGCCGCAUGUUACCCAGUCGGAAUUGUACCGUGAGCCGCUAAACUGGACGUGUCGUGUGGUCGGCAUCGUGCUGCAGCGAAUGGCCAGAAGCCGGACGAUUCUGUCGAGGACGCUGGCGGAGAACGCGCAGCGGUUGCUGUUCCUAGUUCACGAAUCGCUGUUGAUCUUGCCACUGAAGCCAGUGGAGGUAGCGACGGACAAAUACUCGUGGUCUGACGCGCAGUUGUUCCUGUUCAACGCGGUGCUGGACGUGUGCGCUCGGUUGGUCGAAAGCACGCACAAACUGCAUCGAGUUGGGCUCUUUCCUGGACUCCAGAUCCUGCAGUUGGCACUGCCCUAUCUCUCCGCCAAGACUAUGAUGGAGCGAGUUGUGGAGGUCUUGGUGCAGAGUUUCCAGCAGGAACUGACAGCUGGCUCGACGCUGCGUGUGUACGAGUCGGUGCCGACGCGCGAUGUGUUUCUACGAGCGCUAGUGGAUCUUCGACGUGCGAUGGUUGUGCACAAGAAGGAGGAAUUGUUGGUGUUGCUGCGACGCCUGACGCUCCGGAUAUGCACGUCUGGCUCGUUCGAUGAAGAGCUGGGAGUCGCAGGACUGUCAGUGCACGAACUGGGUGGGUUGACGGAGCAGCAGGCGGUGGAGGUGACGUUAGAUGCGCUGGCGUUGGCGAUAAAUGACACGGAGUUGCAUGAACGGGAGGAGGUGGAGGAUAUGGUGCCGUACUUCCCGAUAGCUAAGGAGCUACAGAGGCCGCAAGAGUCUCCGGAUACGGACGAAGCCGAGAAGAAAUACUCGAGUGUGGACUACGCAGACGACAGUGAGCGCGUGUUGUGGGCAGCUCUCGAAGUCGAGGAAAAUCGGAUGCUGGCGACGUUGCGGGAUGUCACCAGUCGGGAGAAGCAGCGAGCAGAGACGGCGCUCUCUGUGCAACGCGAGAAGAAGCAGAAGUGGACGGACAAGUUGUGGCUCAAGCACGAAUUCACCUUCCGGUCGCAGAACCAGUAUGCGUCCUUGAGACUUACAGCGCCGGAUACGCUAGCAGCGCUGCAGAAGACGCUCAUGUGGCGCCUUGGACUCUACGAGACUCCGUUCCCGUCUCGAGUGCGACGCACAGUUGACGUGGACUUGCAACACUCGUCCACAUUGGCGAUUCCCUUGGAGAUACUCCAGAGCUUUGAAGGUGACACGGAAGGUCAAGCGAGCUCCUCUACGGACGAGAACUUGCUGGAGCGUGUCGGAAGAGUGGUAGCGCAGCAACGUGGAGGCGAGAUCCGAGACAUCACGUCGGAUGAGGCUCUCCCAGCGUCCGAGCUAGCAGAUACCUACGUCCCAAGCACAGACGGCGACAAGAACGAGUACAAGAGCGACGUGGCUGUCAGUACGGACGAUGGGAAGCAGAGUUCGACUACGUCCACUACGUCAUCGUCAAAGGGGACAGCGUUGCUGGGACAAGGGGACCAAGGCUUGGAUCCUGGCGCUGGUAUCGCUGUAGCGCCAGACGAUCAAGUGUACGCCAGUGUCACGUGUCGACGUGUAGUGCCCGAGGGAAUCGUGCUGGGUCGCCUGUCGCUUUGCGGCAAACACGUCGCGUUCGAACCUCAUCAAGAAGUACCCGACAACGCGCAGAGUGUGGGAGGCGUCUCACCGGGCACGACAGACUUUGACGAACGCUCUCUUCCUAGCACCAGUGUGGACGAGACAGCGCCGGGCUUGCAUCGCUGUUGGAGGUGGAAAUACACGCACCUCGUGGGCGUUUACUUGCGUCGCUAUCGCCUCCGCGACUCCGCCAUCGAGAUCUUCCUGCGCAAUGGCAGCAACCACUUCCUCGACUUCCCGUUGACCACCAAGCAACGCCGAAAUGAGUUCGUGCGAGUGCUGUACUCGUUUCUACCGCGUAGUACCCCCAAGCAGUGGCCUGGACGAGUGAUCCCGCACCUGGCAGCGACCACCAAAGCCUGGCAGAACCGACAGAUCAGCAACUUCGACUACCUCAUGGCGCUCAACACGUUCGCAGGACGCAGUUUCAAUGACCUGACGCAGUAUCCAGUGUUCCCGUGGAUCCUCUCCAACUACGAGGACGCGACCUGGAAGAUGUGCAACUCGCAAAUGUCCGAGGUGAAGGAACUCACGCCGGAAUUCUACGCUAGCGACGGCUCCUUCUUGCGGAACAGAAAUGGCUACGGACUGGGGAAACGACACGACCAACAAGCCGUGAACGACGUGCAAUUACCCAAGUGGGCGCGUACACCCGAAGAGUUUGUCCGUAUCCACCGCGCCGCACUGGAGAGCGAGUAUGUUUCUCGUCAUUUGCACUUGUGGGUCGACUUGAUCUUCGGCUACAAGCAGAGAGGACGAGCGUCACUGCAAGCGAACAAUGUCUUCUACUACUUGACGUACUAUGGCGUCGUGGAUCUGGAUCAAGUGGAAGACCCGUUCUUACGGGAGUCCAUGGAGCUGCAAAUCGCGCACUUCGGUCAGUGUCCCAUGCAGCUCUUCGCUACGCCUCACCCUCCACGACACGCAGCGUUUAGACGCAGUGCGUUAGGAGCUCCUGCAGCUCCCAGUAAGCCUGUGUCAGGACUCACAAGUCCGCCAGUCAGUGGAGGAUUCCCGGGCAAAGAGAGCUCCAGUGGACCAUCCAGCAACAUCCCUCGACCGCUGUCUCUAGCGUUCCAAGACUUCUCACCCAUUGCGCAGGAGAAGCGUCGACAUUGGAGUCCCGUGGCGACUGUGAAGCCUAUCGCACAGAGCGGCAUUCGACUGCUGAAAAUCCUCCCGGAUCGCGUCGUUAGUGUCAACGAGCUUGGCGUCAUUGAAGUGUACUACUGGAAACUGUUACCCAAGCCUGCGCCGCCAGUAGCUGCGGGCUCGGCCUUCUCCUCGGUUACCGACGGUCAACGCGACAGUGAAGUGGAUACGCUACUCACUGACUUGGCUGCAGCUAGUGACGACGAUGCAGUCAACGAUUGUCCCUGGCUACUGGAGAUAGUGCGAGAUGAUUCUCCGUUCGAGUACGUGCCAAGGAUCCCGGUGUUCGACCCCGUUCACCACGACGAUGAGAGUCGAAAUCUACAGCGAUAUUCGCGUGGGUUUCCUGUGGGUAUCUCUCGAAAUGGACGUGUGCUGGUGUCUGGAGGAGCAAGAAGUGGCGCCCUGCACUUCCGUCUGCUGGAUCUGGACAAUGGACACGUGAUUGGCAAGGCCAGCGUGGUGGGACACAGUGCUGCAGUCACGUGUCUGAGCUUGGAUCGCUGGAGCUAUCACAGUCACAGUCAGGUCGCCGUCUCGCCGUCACAAGAAGACGAAGAGCUGCUCGUCUCUGGGUCGCAAGACGGGACACUGGCGCUCUGGCGGCUCUCGCGUGUCAAGCCCGAUUUGCUCUUCCGACUACCGAAAGUGUCGCCACGUCCGAUCCUGAUCUUACGCGGACAUGCGACGCCUCUUGUGGACUGCUGCGUGAGUACAUAUUUGGGCGUUGUGGCGUCUUGUACACACUCGGUUGGCAUGGUGCAUUUUCUGUACGAUGAAGGACAAGUGGCGUUCGUGUUCGAACCGGCCGAACAAGAAGGCGAACUUGCACGCGUCCGGUUGUCAGUCAAGGGAUACGUUAUCGCUAUCACGAGUGUUACGCGGAUUGUUACAGAAAGUGUCGUGAUCUCGAGUAUCGUCCAGAUCUUCAACCUGUCGGGCGUGUUGAUCCAGUCGCAUCAUCUUCCGGCCGAGGAGAUCUCGGACGUGCAAGUGUCAGCAGAAGGCGACUUGAUCUUCCUCACACUCGUGCCCGGUAUCAUUCGUAUCUGUCGCAUCGAAGACUUCGUGACGGUUCAAGAGUACAUUUCGCCCACCCCCACAGGAUCCAUGAUCUCUGCCAUGUGCCUCGGUCCUAAAGAGGCUGUGAUCCUGCUGGCUUCAGGCCACGAAGACGGCACCUUGUCGCUCCAGUUGCUGCCGGACGCCAGCGGCUCCGUGUCCUUUCUGGCCAAUGUACGUCGUUUAUUAGGUGUGUCGUCCAAACUCAAGCGCGUCAAGGGCACUGUACAACACGCUCAGACACUGGCCAUGUCCACGAUCGACAACGCCAAGGCUGUCACCAGCACAGCGCGUGAUAUCGCCGGUGAAGCUCUCGGAGAGGCCAAAGUCAUGAUGCGUGGCCUUUUUUCGUACUUACAGAAAGGGUAACUUGAAAAAAAAAAAUGU